CCACGUUGCCGCUAUGUUUCCACCCCGCCCAUUAUCUUGGAAUGUAGGGUUUUGGAAAUGACCCGUUGUGACCCCACAUCCACAAACCGAUGGAGGUUAACCACAUCAACAUGCAGGGCGAUAACUGUGAACCAGAGAGGCCCGCUCAUCCCGGGAUUUUCCCAACCCGCGAGGCCGGGAAGAGCGACGACCAGCCCGCAGAAUGCAGCGUGGACUUCCCGGUGUCUGUGGUCCUCCCUGCCGGCGGCACCGGUGAGAGAACCGGGCUACAGACACCGAAACAGUUCUGCUCGUUUCUGGGUCGGCCGCUCAUAAGCUACACUAUCCAGGCUUUCGAGAGGGUGUCAUGGAUCCAGACCAUUGUGGUGGUUGUUGCCAAAGAAAACGUGGACCUGAUGACGGACAUCAUCCAGCGCUUCCAGCACAGGAAGGUUCGAGUGGUGCCAGGCGGCUCAACUCGUCACAGGUCGAUAUGUAACGGGGUCCUGGCUCUGGGCGAGGAGGAGGAAGAGGAGGAGGAGAGGCCGGCGGCUGACAGACCAAAGGUGGUCAUCAUCCACGAUGCCGUGCGGCCUUUUGUGGAGGAGGACUUUCUGUACAAGAUAGCCAUGGCAGCCAAAGAACAAGGGGCAGCAGGAGCCAUCCGACCUCUUGUUUCCACGGUGAUAGCCACCACAUCUGAGGGUUACCUGGAUCACUCUCUGGAGCGAGCCAAGUACAGAGCCAGCGAGAUGCCUCAGGGAUUCACAUAUGAUGUCAUCUAUCAAGCCUAUCAGAGGUGCAGUGAGUCAGACUUUGAGUUUGGCACCGAGUGUCUCCAUCUGGCUCUGCAGUACUGUGGCACCAAUGCCAAGCUCAUCCAGGGUCCGCCAACACUGUGGAAGGUAACCUACAAAAAGGAUUUGGCUGCUGCAGAAUCCAUUAUAAAAGAGACUCUGUCGCGGUCGGCCUGUGUUCUCACAGGUGGAUCUGCCCGAGCCCUGGCGCUGGCGGACGCCCUCCAGAAGGCCGUCGGAGCGCUCGGCAUGGAGCUGGAUAUCAUCCCUGAUCUGAUGGGAGAAAACACCAGGUAUCUGUUAAAGGAGUGGAACUUCAUCCAGGUUUCUGUCAACCCUUGUAUGUCUGAAGUGGAGGCCUUGCUGACGGAUUUGGAGGCAGCAAAUCGGGCUCUUCUGCACCCACUGGUCAUUAUAUGGGUGCAUUUGAGCGCUUCAGAUGAGCUGUCCGUCAGCGGGAGGGUGGUAGAGCCAGCAGCUAUCGUGGACCUAGCCUCGGCAGCCAAGCUCCGAAAUAUUCUCCUCUAUGGCAUCCAGCUUCAUCAGUCAAAGGACGCCGAGCGCUGGGAGAGGUCAGUGUUGAAGGUCGCUGAGAUCACGUCAGCCCUGAUCCGGGAGAAGAGCCCUGCCCUGGUUGGACAGCUUCUGCGGGCUUGAGGGGAAGCAGCACCAACAGAAAACCCCCUCAGUGUGACUCAUGAGCACUGCAGGGAUGAGAUAGUUGUUUCUUCUGCUCUGAAUCCAUCUCUUUAUCGAUUACAGAGAGAAUAAAGGGAUAUUCCCACAAUUCAAUAUUGCACUUGCAGGUAGAUAGACCCAUUUAACAAAAGGAAUUGUCAAAAUAAAAGCAGCAGAGGCCAAAAUAUGCUGACUUUUAGUUUGAAGUGUGGGCCAAGCUCCAGAAAACCAGAAUCCUACACUUCCCAUAAUGCAACUUUCUUAAAUCCCUGUCAGGUAAACACUCACAUCUUCCAAACUCGUGACUUUAUGCUAAAAAUUCAGUUGUGGCAGCGAAAUGUUAAGCCAGGCUUUACUGCAAUCAACAUCUGAAGACAGCUGCCCUCUGAAGAUGUGAUUGGUUGGUAAAGAAGUCGUUAGCGGCAACUGAAAGAUGGAUCACAAUCAUAUUUUGUGUGAAUUGUAGCGCUACCUGUAAGUAGCACCUGAGCUAACACGGUCACAGCUGGAAGUUUGAGGCUACCAAUCCUCCAGGCUUUCAGCUAGCUUGUUCACCAAAAGUAUUAAAAGUGCUUUGACAGUAAGUCUGUGUUUGAAAAGGGAAACGGAUCGAAUGAUGCCUCAGACCUGCAUUAACAGGCCGUAUCACUACAUUAACUUACUGGGAAUUUGAAUUACUUAUUAUUUAAUUAUUUGAACUGGAUUAGACAACGAUAAACAGUAUGUUCAUUGGCCCAUUUGGUUAAACUGCUCUGUUGUGUCAUGACCACUGGAUAAAGUGACUGAAACGCUAAUAUAA